AUGCACAUCACCCUAUACUACCUCGGUACUCGCCUCCCUGACUCCCGCCGCGCCGUUAGGGAUAACUUCCUUGCUCUUGACCCCACCGAGCUCACCCUUGCCUUGCCGGAGAAGCAUCUCCUCGAGGCCGAGACCAGUACUAUCGUUGUAGCUGCCUCUCGUGGCACUCCCCGCUCCCCCUUCUUUGAGGGGUGUUCUCCCUCCCUUCUCGCACCCUCCGUUGCUACUGCUGCUGCUGUUGACUUCCUUCGUACUGAGGAGGUCGGUGCUGCGUCUGCUCCUAGUGGGAGGCGCCGCAGCAGCAAAGGCAAGGGGGGUAAGGGUGGUGGGGGUGGCGCUGGCGAGGGUGGUGGCGGGGGUGGUGGCGGUGGUGGUGGUGGGGGUGGAGGCGGUGGUGGUGGCGGGGGUGGAGGCGGUGGUGGCGGCAGUGGAGGUGGCGGGGGUGGUGGAGGCGGUGGAGUGGGCGGAGGGGGCUCGGGUGGCGGUCGGGGUGGAGCUGGCAGGGGCGGAGGCUAUGGGGCGGCGACUGGGGGAUGA